UUCAAGAUAAAGUAUUUGUAUAUAUCUUUCUAAAGAAGAAAAUGAAAAGCUUGAAUAACUAGAGAGGCCAGAACUUCUCAUAAAACAGAACAUGAUUGCUGAUAAGCGCGCCUCUAAAUGCAUAGCCAAGAAUGGGAAGCACAAAUAGUUUCGAUCUCUAUGUUUGGCCGGAAAAUUCACAUCAUGGGCUCUGCAGAGUUGAUGCAUUCUCUCCAGCGCCAGGGCAAGGUUGCCUCUUUUUGUUACUUGGAGGCCCAUUUCACAGUCGAACUCGGCGGUCUGAGUAGAGACGCAUCGAGGAAACUUGUCGCUAAUUUAGAGCCAGCCUCCGAGAACCCAGCCUUCUAAUAUAUGGGUUGAAAGCCACACAGCAGGCGCUCUCGCCACUUGGUGGAGUUGAUAGAAUGAUCCAUUUUGCAGCAGAAAUUAUACAAGCCCACCUUGGCAAUUUAGUAAACGAGGCAGGGCAUGAAAAUUCAAGUAUCGGUCUUUGGGCGUGGGUUCAGCACGAAAUCACAGUCGCCACAACAGAGAGUAUCUAUGGUCCUGCGAAUCCGUAUCGAGAUGCAAAGGUAGAAGCUGGGUUUUGGUAUGUAUCACUCAAACAAAUAUUUUCUGUCGGAUGCAGCUGAAUUUGCUCUAGGGACUUUGCUAAUGAUAGCAUAACACUCUUGCUAACGACGCUUCUUCCUGCUUUCCUUGCUUCAAAACCUAUUAAAGGUCGAGCCAUAGUAGUAGAGGCGAUGAGCCUUUACUUCGCUGAUGGCGGCCAAAAAAUGGUUCAUCGCUCGUCCAAGCAAGACAUUGAGCUCUGUCAGCCGAGAUGACUCACGACGACCUCGCCAGGUUUGAGUGUGUAAAUGGUAUCGCAAUAAUGACGAACACGGUUCCCACAGCUUUCUGGACGCUUACACAUAUUCUCGGAUCCAGCGCUUCUUGAAGAGGUUCGGAAACAGGCUCGAGCAAUGGCAGCCACCGAAUAAUUGCCUCAAACAAAUUGUCCUACAAAGCAAGAUUAAUCUUCGCAAAUUGAAAGAUGUGUCAAUACUCUUUUCUGCUCAACAAGAAGCCUUAAGAUUCCGAGCUACGGGAUCAGGACCACGUAUGGUCAUGGAAGAUAUGAUCGUUGGGGACAACCAGUAUUUACUUAAGAAAGGCUCGAUCGUGAUCAUAGCCAACAAAGCAUUACAUUUUGAUGAGAAGACAUGGGGAGAAAAUGCUGGUUCAUUUCAUGCAGGCCGCUUUUGUGGCAAGGUUUCCGGACAUGCUUUUCGAGGCUUUAGCGGAGGGGUAAAUUCAUGUCCUGGACGAGGUUUCGCUAUGGCAGAGUUAGCAGCGCUCGUGGCAAUGCUAGCAAUGAGGUUCGACGUAAUACCAGUUCGGAAGACCUGGAUUGAACCUGGUCAGGAUCUCAACAACUUGUCCGUUCAGAUUGCUCCCCCAAAAAGGAAGGUCAUGGUAAAUAUAGUAACAAGGGAAAAUUCAAGCCAGGAGAAUUGGUGUUUUGAAUAAUCCUGGAAGUUCCUAGUCGGAGGAGGGACUGUAUGAUCUCCAUUAUCAUUAUGCGGCAGAUUAAUUAUUGAUAUAAGAAGCCCAGAUGGCUCUAGAGUAGCGGUGGCCGAAAUGACAUGAAGGAUACGGAUCACAAAUUGCCAAACAAUGUUAGUUCCCAAAUUCAAGAUCAAACAUUGAAUUUGAUUGUCCAAAUUGGUCUGUAAUUAUAACAUUGUCACUUAAUUGUCCAAAUCAAAUCAGAACAUCAAUGGUCUAUUGCUUUGGUUGAGAAAUGGAAGCAUGGGAGAAUGCUAGAUAUAAUUCCUUUUCCUUGAGUCGAACCCGCAAACUGCAGUAA